AUGGGGGGGACCUACUGGCUAGCUGGGCUCACAAGCGGGUUGAAAGCACAGUCGAGGAGGAGCCGUGAGGAAGGGCUCGAGUGGCUAAGGACUAAUAGACACACAUGUGCACCACUCCCCUUCUACGUCACCAAUGGCCAAUCGGUUGUGGGGCAAGGAGUGGUCGUACACGCAUGA